AUGGCGAAAAAGAAAAAGUCUGCCGCUGUCGAAGACUGUCUCGUUGAGGAAGUUGACGCGCAACUCCCUGAGAAAGCCGAUAGACGACCUGUGUCAUCUCUAAAGAUGAAAAACACUGUACUCAAAGUUCCGAGAUCCUUCCUUCAAAAGUUCCCAAAGUUAAACAAUCCCACUUCAUGGGAUUAUACUAUAGCGCUCGAUACUUCUGAAGACGUUGGUCACGUUCUCGUCCACUACCUUAUUACCAACACCUACCAGAGUUUGGAACCGAAGGGAUCGACCCCUGACGAAAAGAUCGACUCAGAGCUUGCGACAAGCAUCCAAGUCUACGCCAUGGCUCGAGAAUACGAUAUAUCUACUUUGGAGGACCUUGCUAAAGUAGAGAUCGAAAAGCUUGGAAAGGGACUGCCUUUCUCUGCGGUUCUGAAGGUCGCGCGAUCUGCUUAUCCAAAUCCACGGAUAAAUGAUACAUGGUUCAGCAACUAUGUAGCGGCCGGUCUCAAACCGCUUCUCAAAGAUCCUUCUAGUCUGGUAGAUUGUGUGCCGAAAACCGAGCUCGAAACGUUGCCAUUCAUGGACUUGCUAUUUAAAAUCACCGUCGACCUAGUCUGCAGCAAUGAGGCGCUGUCAAAGCGUAACGCGACCCAUCUAUAUGAGGCUGUCGAGGAGUCCGCCGGUACACCACUGCCCAAAAUCGGUUCACCUUCAGAAGCUACGCUUUGCCAGACGGCAUUAACUAGGCCAGGCCAGGAAGUCAAAUCGGAGUCCCGUGAAUGCGAGCCGACGCCAAGGUCCAGCCUGGAGCCUGAAACAGUCCCUGAACCUCCGCCCCAGCCUGAGAAUCCGAUUCAAGUUGAUGACUGGGGAAUACGGGGUGUCACUGCUUCAAAAUCUAAAAAGAAGAAAAAGAAGGGGAUGAAAGUUGAAGAACCACAACCAGAAGAUUGCAUGCUUCGGUCCCAGCACUUUUCGGGGGACGGGUUGGAGGGAUGUUCGAGCUGCCGACAUCAUAUAGGCCAGCUUUCACGCAGGUUUCCGGUGGAGGUUUGA